AUGAAGCUUUUCCUUGCGGCACUCGCCGCAGCUCUGGCUGCAACCGCUCACGGUGCUGCUCUGCCUCAGAAUGCUCAGCCAAACGCGUUGCCGACUUCCGAUGAGCCCGAUCUCUCCAACUUCCAUGUUCGCAAGGGACCUCAAGUCACAGAUGCUAGUGGCGCUCCGCUGAAGUCCGGCUUGACUCUCGAGCUUGGUUCGCAAGCCAAGGCAAAGUGCAUGUACGACAUGGACACUUUCGUUGAGUCCAAUCUCAACUAUGGCAGCGAUGGUGGUCUUUACGCGGAGAUGAUCCGCAAUCGCGCUUUCCAAUCUCCAGCCGACGGUGUCUUCGGUGUUGGCGCUAACGACAGCAUUGGCUCUGGCUCGCUCACCGCUUGGCAGCCUGUCGGCGACUCGAAGCUCGAUCUGGUAGCUGACAAUCCGCUGUCCGAUGCACUGCCCCAGUCGGCCAAGAUCACCUGUGGCACGCAAAAGAAUGAGCUUUGCGGUAUCAAGAACCUCGGCUUCUUCGGACUGCCCGUCCACGCUGGCGAGACUUACAAUGCUAGCUUCUACAUCCGUGCCGACAAGCCUGGCAAGAUGCGUCUCAAGUUCGGCCUGUUCAGCAACGACUUGACUCAGGCAUGGGCUCAGAACGACGCCUUUGUCGAGAUCGGCAGUGGAUGGACUCCUGUUCACCAAGUGCUGACGCCCAGGGAGGGUGCUAGCGACAUCAACAACGUCUUUGCGAUCCAAACCAACGCCGAUGCUGGUUCCUUCCAGGUCAACCUCGUCAGCCUCUUCCCCACGCCGUACCCAGGCACCGUCGCUAGGAACGAUGUGGCGCAAAAGAUGCUCAAAUUCAAGCCCAAGGCGAUCCGAUGGCCAGGUGGCAACGACCUGGUCGGCCACACCAUUGCUUCGCGCUUCCAGUGGAACAACACUAUUGGUCCUCUGAUCGACCGACCUGGACGUCUUGGCAACUGGGCUGGCUGGAACACCGAUGGUCUGGGAGUCGUCGAGAUGUACAAUUUCAUCCAAAAGAUGAACGCCCGUCUGAUUGUUGGUCUUUGGGCUGGUGUCGACGCAAACAACAACUCGGUGCUCCUCAAGGACCUCGACCCGUACGUGGAGCAGCAAAUCGAGUUCGCUCACUUCCUCCUCGACACUGAGGGCAAGUGGGCGGAUCUGCGAGUCAAGAGCGGAGGACCUCAGAAGCCUUACGAUGUCCAGGCGUUCAUGAUCGGCAACGAAGGCGGACUCACGCCUGCUGUGGACUACCAGACGCGCUUCGACAUGAUCACCAACAGGCUCAAGAAAGAAUUCGCUGGCCACGCUGGCUUUGACGAGAUCGACCUAAUUGCCUCUGCCGCCAUCUGCGUACCGACGGGCUACAAGUACCGAGUGGAUCUGCUCAAUCAGCCCAUCUACGGUACGCCUGCCGACUUUGUGCAGAAGUAUCACAUGUACGACGAAGCUUCGCGUAGCAACCAGACCGUCUUCUACAGCAUGGAGUUCGCCGUCAUCAAUUCUGGCAUGGAAGCCGACGACAACAUCUGGUUCGGACCGGGUCGACUCCACCACAGCAUCAUGCAAGGCUCGCUUGCCGAGUCUAUCUUCAUCCUGGGUAUGGAGAACAACUGUGACAUCGUGCGCGGCGCUGCUUACGCUCCCGAGCUUUCGAAUGAGUCGGACGAUCGUGCUUCGCAGUCGACUCCCGGUAUGCUCGAGUUCGACACGACCAAAGUGGUCGGAUCCACCUCGUGGUUGAUGCAGAGCCUCGUAAGCGCCAACCGCAUCAGCGAGAGUCUUCCCAUCAAGAACAGCAAACAGCUCGAGGAUGCCAAGAUCUACACGUCUGCUGGUCUCGACGAGCACGGUGCGGUGGUCAUCAAGAUCGUCAACUACAGCGAGAAGAGGGUGCCGUUCAACAUUGAUGCUGGUGUUCCGGUCGGUUAUCCCGUCUGUUGGGAGGUGGCUGGUCAGGGUCCGUUGGACUCGAACACUCUUGAGAAGCAGCUCGUCAAGACCGAGGGUUGCACGGCUAAGGCUUCGGGAACGUACCUCACCGUUGAGCUCAGCAAGUGGUCGUUCACUGUGAUCAAGGCUGAACGGGGAAGGGUCGCUUAG